AUGCGGAAUCGUUUUCGAGAUCUGAUAUUUGUCAUAGCGAUAUGUUUAUUUAUCUUUAUAAGUGUUUUGCUUUAUUCAAAUAUCGAUAUUAAAGCGCAAGAAAGAAAAGCGAUUUAUGAACGUGGACGGAUUGAACUGGAAAAUUUACAUACAAGAUUGGAAUUUCUCGAAGUAGAACUUGAAACUAAUUCUAGAAUGAUGUUAGCUAUGCGGGAAAAUAUCGAAAAGGAACGUCAUUUAAUGAACAACUUGAAUAACAAAGAUGCUGGAUAUCCACUGAAAGAUAAUGAUGGAGUUUUAUUGGCGCCAGAAGAAAAGAUGAAGAUGACGAAAAAGCACAAAGAAGCACCAUAUUUGGCCAGUGAAGAACUAUUAGUAAAACAAAUCAGAACUGACAAUCUAAUAGGGGUCAAAGACAAUGAAAAAUAUAGCAAGGUUCGAAAUACGGACACUGCAAAACUACGUGAUAUUUGUACUGUGCAGAUUAAUAUAUCUCGGCCUCGCAGUGAUAUACACAUGGUUGAUCUUUAUCAGUUGUUAUCAUUUGAAGAUGUCGACGGAGGUGUUUGGAAACAAGGAUUUGAUAUAAAAUAUGAUCACGAUCAAGUUCGUAAGCAAAAAAAGCUUGAAGUUAUUGUUGUACCUCAUUCGCAUACGGAUCCUGGAUGGUUGAAAACAUUUGAAAAUUACUAUCUUGACCAAACAAAAAAUAUUUUUGAAAAUAUGUUGAUGUUCUUGCAAGAAAAUCCAGAAAUGCGUUUUGUUUAUGCUGAAAUGAGCUUUUUUGAGUUGUGGUGGAGCGAAAUCGAUCAUGCAAAGAGGACAGUUGUUAAAAAGCUUUUGGAUGAUGGAAGGUUGGAAAUUCUCACUGGUGGUUGGGUAAUGACUGAUGAAGCCAAUUCACAUUAUUUUUCAAUGAUUACCCAAAUGAUUGAAGGACAUGAAUGGAUUCAAAACCAUAUUGGUAAAGAUUAUAAGCCACGUAAUCAUUGGUCCAUCGACCCCUUUGGUUUAAGUCCAACUAUGGCAUUUCUUUUAAAUCGUGCCAGGCUAUCUAAUGGAAUCAGUCAGCGAGUACAUUACAUUAUAAAGAAGCGUUUGGCAGAACAUAAGGAAUUGGAAUUUUUUUGGCGCCAACAUUGGGGAGGUCUCUCGAACCAUACAGAUUUUGUUUUACAUAUUAUGCCAUUUUUCUCCUACGACAUCCCUCAUACAUGUGGACCCGAUCCAAAAAUAUGUUGUCAAUUUGAUUUUGGCAGAAGAAAUUGCCCGUGGAAAGUGGAUCCUCAGAAGAUCGACCAAGAAAAUCUUGGUGAACGAGCAGAAUUGAUCUAUGACCAGUAUCGAAAAAAAUCUCAGCUUUUUAAAACGAAUGUGUUGUUUAUACCACUUGGGGAUGACUUUCGUUAUGAGAGAAGAAGCGAAUGGCAAGAAAAAUUUGAAAAUUAUCAGAAAUUAUUCCAAUUUAUGAAUUCUCGGCCUGAUUGGAACAUCCAUGCUCGAUUUGGUACAGUAAAUGAAUAUUUUCAACUUAUGCAUUCGGCACUGAAUGAUGAGCAAGAAAAAUUACCUAUUCUGUCUGGCGAUUUCUUUACAUAUGCUGAUCGUAAUGAUCACUAUUGGAGUGGUAUUGGUUUUAAAACAGGUAGUAGUAAACAGUAUUACAUUUUAAAUAAAGGAUAUUACACCAGUCGUCCUUUCUACAAACGUAUGGAUCGCGUUUUACAACAUUAUUUAAGGUGA